UUUCACACAGGUGCUCCAUCUGCUUGCCAGUGCGACUAUUUGGGGCGAUAACCGCCUCGCUCCUGAGCAGCUCUGUUAACAUCCUCACUUGUUAACAAGCCCCUUACCUUCCCAGAGCCAACCUCUGCCACCCGCAGGGAAAUAGCAGGAGUUUGCUUAACCCUGUAAGCCUGUAAAUACAAAUUUUUGAAGUUUUUGAAAACUUUUUCUUUUCUCUUAAAAAUAAGAGUUGACAGUUAGUGUACAGCUGUGGACGGAAGAAAAAAGAUGCUGGAUCGCUGUUAUCACAAACUGCUGCUGUUUGGAUGCCUGGUUUGUCUUCUGGUGACUGUUGUAACUGCAGACGGUCGAGUGUUUGUGCUGGACCUGAGGAACUCCUCUGACCUGCAGGGCUUCAGAGAUGCUGAGCAAGCUUGUGCAUCGCAUCGCGGCCGCCUGGCAUCAGUAGAGGAGCUUCGUCACGCUGUGGUGGAGUGCUACUUCUCCCCGUGCACCCGCGGGUGGCUCUACGGGGGCUCAGUAGGGACCACAGUGUGUAAUGUUGUGGGCGGUGUGCUGAAAGCUGUAGAAGUGAGGACAGAAAAUGGCACAGAGGACGCAACGCACCUGGACGCCUUCUGCAUCAAAGACAAAGAUGAGCCAUGUGGAGACCCCCCAUCUUUUCCUAAUGCACGCCUGCAGAGUCACUCUGGGUCCGAGAUGGGAGAUGAGCUUCUGUACACAUGUGUCCCAGGUUACGUGAUGCCCGGUGGACACACAGCCUUUAGCCUGCUGUGUGACAGCUGUGGGGAGUGGUAUGGACUGGUGCAGAUUUGUGUUAAAGAUGAGGUAAGUCACACAGACUACGAGGACAAGUUCACAGAUUCCUACAUAGAGGCAGAGCGCCAACCUGAGACACCAUUAGAGGCUCAUGGCGAUGUACACGAGGAAGUGUAUGGAGCUGCGUACCCACAUGGAGAGAUGAGCGCGGAGCAGCAAGAGACGAGUUUUAGAGCCAAAGCUGAGGAGGACCAUCGAGACCUGAGCAGAAAGCGUAAAGUGGGAGGAGAAGUGGCUGAAGAUAGUGAAAUAUUUGAAGGAGCUUUAGUUAAACGAGAAAAAAAUGAGGAACGGGCUGGUGAGGACUUGGUAGGUCCUCGGACGAGGCAGCAGGAGAGAACUGAGGUGGCCAAGAUUGAUACAGUGGAAGCCACAGAAGCACCCGUCUCUCUUCUCUCCCAGAAACACAUGUUCUGGUUCCCCUCUGAGACCUUCCAGGAGGAAGAACCUCAGGUCUUCAUCAAUCCAGCCACGCAGACAACACAGAGAACCUCUGUUGACCGAUCUGAGGAGAGCAUUGAGCACACGAGUCAAGAAAGGCCCUAUCGUCAACAUCCCGUUGAUGCUGAUGAUCCUGAUCAUGAAGGAGAUGAUUUUGAUGAUCCUGACACCAGCCGCCAUGAUGACCAGGACGACAUCCUUGAAGAUGACCACCAUGACGAUCAAGACGGCAGCCACCAAGAGGAAGCCCACGAUGAGCACAAGAGGCAAACAGCUCACGAUGAAGAUUUGGACAAAAGGGAAAGCCAUGAAAGCUAUGACGAUCACGAGAAGCAUUAUGACAUGGGCGAACAUGAGGAGGACCGUGAUCGCAAGGAGUACGACGAUCCAGAUGAUACUUACGACGGACACAAAAGCCAGGAGGAUCAUGAUGAUCAUAAUGGAGAACAUCAUGAGGUCUCUGAGGAACAUCUGGACCACGAUGACCACGAUGACCACGAUGACCACGAUGACCGUGCCACACAUUAUGACGACACCCAUUAUGCUGACCUUGAUGAUCACGAUGAUUUUGGACACAAAGACGCUGAGAGCUAUGACGAUCACGAUAGCCAUGAAGAUGAUAGUCGUCGGCAUGUUGUUUUUUCUGUGGUAGCCGAUAAGCAUCAGAACGUCACUCAGAGGGGAGCAGACGGAAAGUCAGCCACAGAUGACACGUGGCUGGACGGUUACCCUGUUGUUUUCGAAAACGGUGACUCCGUAACAGAGAGGGUGAAACCAGAGGAUAAAGACAGAAGGAGAUUUGUCAAGACGACGCCCAGACCCACUGAGGUGGAAAUUCCUAGACCUUACACCAGCUCGCCCAAGGAGCAAGAGUCUCUCACCACGGUGCGUGAAUUCAAACUAGGGGUUUUAGAGGAGGUGUGGCCUGACUCCAUCGGGACCCCUGCCCCUGACCUUCUGGAGCCUUCAGACUCUCCUUCAUACUCUGAGACCGGAGACUACAGCACACAACAAGCAGUUCCCACCGACUCUUGGAUGGCUGACAUUACCGAUCAUCCCUUCCUUGAUCAUGGCCCAAGCCCUCCAGUGCACAAGGACGGCUUCGUGCUCAGCCUGCCUGGUGAGACUGGGGAGAGGGGAGAGCAGGAAGGGGAGAUGGGAGAGACGAUCUGUGUGGAUGACGCCUGCCCUCCCCUCCCUCCGAGCUCUUCCGGUCGAGGCCCCACUGUGGCGGCCAUUGUUGUGGCGAUUUGUGUCAUCGCAACUGCAGUCAUUGUCGCGGUGUGGUGUUACCGACGACAGCAGCAGAAGAGUUCGGCGUAUGAGAUGAAUGGGAAGGGCCAAAGUCAGGCCAGACAGGGCCAACAGAUAGAGAUGCAGCAAAAGGUGUAGGGGAGAGAGGUUGGCACAGACACUCUUCCUUUGGGAAGGAUGGGAAGAUUCAGUUGAAAACUGUUGAUCUUAGGUAUAAACUUUAAAAAAGCUAGCACAAAAUAUUGUAAUGAUGCUUAACAUAGUGAAACUUGAAUGAAACAAGAUGGCAAUAGUCCUGUCACUUAGUAGUUCUGAGGAAAUCCACCAGUCCUUGUAUGUUAUCCAUGAUUUUUAAAGCUCUGGCAUCUACCUGGACAUAAACCAGGCUGGAUUCAACUCCAGAAGCUGAGAAGCGAGACUUUAAAGAUAUUAACAUGUAGGAAAACCACAACAUGAGGCACAGCACUGCCUGAAUAUAGGAACUGAAACUUCAUUCUCCAAAGCUCUCGGACAUUUUGAUGAAGAUCUCUUGCUGUUGUUUUUGUUGAGUGCUUGUAUUAUUGCUGAUGUGCAUUGUUUGAUAUUCUGUGUAUUGUGUUUAUGGAAAAAAAAAUGGUCUAGUUCACCACAGGAGGUUAGCGGGAGGACAUGAAGAGUACUGAGAGGGGUGAGAUGAAAGAAAAGAGGCUGGUGAAAGGUGUAAGUAAGAGGUGGAGUCUGAUGGGAGAAAUAUUUCUUGUCUGUGUUGGUUUUGACAUUCAGCUGAUGAGACAUAAAGAGGCAUCCAGAUUGCAGACUCAGCCACAUGUAUGCGUGUGUGUGAUAGUGUGCGUGUGUGUGUGUGUCGCAGGUCUGUGCAAUCCGCCAGCCAGCAGUAAAUUAUGUUUGAAGGUACCGACCGAGGAAGCAGAGUAGAUCCUGACAUCAGUCCAACUAACCACAGAUUAAACACUGUGGUGAAAAAGAACCACAGCCUCAAAUAAAUACAGUUUAAACACAGUUUCAAUGCAGUCAAAAGUUUAAUAAAAAGUGCAUUUAGAUUUUCAAAUGAUCAAAAAUAGGACUCCACUGCCCUAAAACAGAGAGAUUGAUAUACACUCAAAUACCACUUUACAUCCCUUUUGUUCUAAAAGGGACUGUCUUAAUUUUUCAUGGCAUCGAUUCAACAAGGUGCUGGAAACGUUGCUCUGAGAUUUUGGUCCAUAUUGACAUGACAUCAUAACACAGGUACUGCAGAUUUAUCGGCUGUAAGUCCAUGAUGUGAAUUUCUUGUUCCACCACAUCCCAAAGAUUGCCUGUUUGAUUGAGAUCUGGUGAUUGUGGAGCCAAUUUGAGAACAGCUGACUCAUUGUCACGUUCAAGAAAGCGGUUUGAGAUGAUCUGAGCUUCGCGACGUGGUGUGUCAUCCUGCUGGAAGAGGCGUGCACGGGGACGAACAUGGUCGGCAACAAUACUCAUGUAGGGUGUGGUGGUGAAACGGUGCUCAUUUAGUACUAAAAGGGUACAAAGCGUGCCAAGACAAUGUCCUCUACACCAUUACACCAGCAGCAGCCUGAACCAUUAACGCAUGGCAGCAUGUAUCCAUGAAUUUUUAUUUACACCAAAUUCUGAUCCUACCAUCCUAAUGUGAAAACAAAAACUGAGACUCAACAGACCAGACAACAAUUUUACAGUCUUCUCUUGUCCAGUUUUGGUGAAUUUUGGCCUCAAUUUCAUGAUCUUACCUGAUGAGAGUGGUACCCAGUGUGGUCUUCCUCUGCUGAAGGUCAUCUGCUUCGAGGUUUGACGCCCUGUGCAAAACUUGGUUGUAACGAGUAGUUAUUUAAGUUACUAUUGCCUCGCUAUCAGCUGUCACGUUCUUAAAUCACCUCUUUUCUCCAUUGUGAUGCUCAGUCUUAACUUCAGCGCGUCAUGUUCGCAUGCCUAAAUGCCUCGAGCUGCUGCUGUGAUUGGCUGAUUGGAUAGUUCCUUUAAAGAGGAGUUGAACAGGUGACCGGUGAGUGUACACACACAUAUAAUGGCGAAUGUGUCAUAAGUCAUUACACUAUGAGCAGUUACAGAGGACUGGACUCUGGGAAUAUUUGCUCAUGUCUGAGUAGAUAUCAGUGUUGUGACAAUUUCUGCCAAACAGAGAUGAAUGCAUUCAGGAUUUUUAAAAAUAGUCUAUCAUUCUUUGUUAUCGAUGUGCCAUCUUUCCAUAUGUGCCAAAUAUUUAGAAAAUGUAAAAGAGCAGAUGUAAAUGGAUACAAAUAGUCAUGUUUGUGGUCAAAUUUCAGUGUUUUACAGUAGGAAUGUAAAUAAAACAGUAUAUAAGGGUAAGAGCAUGGGAAGUGAUUAUAAUUAUUGUCAACAGGGACCACUGAUUAAUAAAAAAGAAACUUAAUGGUAAAGAAUUUUCUUGCAUAAUUUCAAAAUCAAUAACGAACUGAUUUACAGGAAAUAUCUUAAUCUGUUUCAUUCAUGGUGUCUGAAAAUGAACUGACGUUAAUGUGGCGAGGCCACGGGGAAUUAUUAAGUACCUGACGUCUGUGUGUUUCUGUGCAUAUGAUCUGUGACUGUAUUGACUCGCUGUACAUACGACAGCAUUACCAGUAUGUGGAAAUACCUUGUUUCUUGUUUCACAGGUGGCAUUACAAACCACCCCUCAUAUCUUACACAGGGUACGCUCAUCUCCGCGACGUCUGCUCGACUACCUUUUAUUUCAGCUGUGAUUACCGCGACUGUACUCGCCCACGCCGUAGGUUAUCAAGCAACGAACUCUGGCAAAACAACAGGUUUGCCACAUGAAGGAUGCCUGAAGAAGGGUCAUAAAAAUAGACGUUGAUAAAUUAAAAGCGUGACUAGUUAUUUGCAGCAUCGUCCUCUCAGCCUUAUGUGAUUUAUGACAAGAUGAAAUGUGUACUGUAUGUGUCUUCACAAAUAAAUAUGUGGUAUA